UUACAUGGAAGAUGUCAUAUCGUAUUUGUAAUUUGGAACAAUUCCAAAGAAGACCAUUUAAAAUUAUGUAUUAGACCCUUUCAACGAUUUAAUAAGCCUAGUUGGUCUUACUACUAGUUGGUCUUUCUAGCUAGUUAUUAAAGAGAAAGGAACCAUGGAGGGAAGAUGUGUUGUGCGCUACAAAUGCAGCCAACCUGGCCCCAUACAGGAUGUUUUGAGACAAAGACCAGGUUGGAUUGAAGUCAAAGAUGAUAGUGAAUGGGACUUCCACUGGUGUGGUGUGGGCUGGCUCAGGGAGAAUUUGUUUAUGGAGGAGCACGUAAGAGUAAACCACUUUCGCAACCAUUAUGAGCUGACUCGCAAAGAUUUUAUGUUGAAAAACCUGAAACGCUACAAAAAAAAUCUAGAAAGGGAUGCCAGCUGCAUGGAAGGUUCAAAAUGUGAUUUCUUCCCAUGCACCUUCGCACUGCCGAAUGAGUAUCAUCUCUUUGUGGAGGAGUUUAAAAGAAACCCUGGCAGCACCUGGAUAAUGAAGCCGGCUGCAAAAUCUCAAGGCGCAGGCAUCUUCCUUUUUAAGAAACUGAAAGACAUCAUGGAUUGGAGGAAGGUUACGUGUGUUCAUUUUAAAUAAGAACGUAUGGACUAGCAAACAUGAUAUAAUAUGUUUGACAACUUUGUGCUUCAGCAUGAUGGCACCCGCUCAGAGGAGCAGAAAGAUGCAGCUCAAGUGGAAAGCUAUGUGGCACAGCGUUAUAUUGAGAACCCCUACCUGCUUGGUGGCAGGAAGUUUGAUCUAAGGGUCUACGUGAUGGUAACAUCAUAUUUCCCCUUGAAGGCAUGGCUUUAUCGUGAGGGCUUUGCACGCCUCUCAAGCACACGUUUCUCCCUGAAUAGUAUUGAUGACAAGUAUGUGCAUCUCACUAAUGUAGCUGUUCAAAAAACAGCUCCUGACUAUGAUCCUGAAAAGGGAUGUAAAUGGAAGAUCCAGAAACUCCGUAUGUAUCUGACGGCAAAACAUGGAAGGCAGGCGGUAGAAAUUCUUUUCAAAGAGAUGGAUAACAUCUUCAUCAGCAGUCUACAGAGUGUGCAGAAGAUCAUUAUAAAUGACAAACACUGCUUUGAACUCUAUGGCUACGACAUUAUGCUGGAUGAGAACCUCAAACCGUGGUUGAUUGAGGUCAAUGCCUCACCGUCACUUGCACCCAGUAGUCAAGAGGAUUACGAUAUGAAGUACAGCUUGCUGGAAGAUACUGUAAAUAUUGUGGAUAUGGAAGGAAGGUUGACUGGGAAGGAGAAGAGGGUAGGCGGAUAUGAUCUCAUGUGGAAUGAUGGGCCUGUUUAUAGAGAGGAUGUUGACCCAGAAAUAUUCGGCUGUUCGUGUUUAAAAGCCAACACAUACUUGGGGUGUGCAAAUAAUAGGGGAAGCCAGCUCAAUUGGCUUCUUAAACCAUUUACAUGCCAGAAGAGGAUGUAAACUGAUCAUUGGAUUAUAAUUGUAUAGUAGACUGUAUGUUUGCUUUAUGUGAUGAAUAAAAUAAAUCAUAUUUGCCACAUUGACUACUAUUUGUUCUACACUCAAGCAGUGGGUGAGUCGUGAGUAGUGCUGGUGUUGGCGUAGGCAG